AUGGACGACGCGGACAGACACCUCCUGCGGCGGUGCCGGAUGCGCCUGGUGGGCGAGCUGCAGGUGGCCUCACUCUGGGACGCUCUGCUGAAUCGCGAGCUCUUCACGCCCGAUAUGAUCGAGGACAUCCAGCGGGCUGGUUCCGGGUCUCGGCGGGAUCAGGCCAGGCAACUGGUCACAGAUUUGGAGACCCGAGGAAGACAGGCCCUUCCCCUGUUCAUCUCCUGCUUAGAGGACACAGGCCAGGACACACUGGCCUCAUUCCUGCGAACAAGUCGGCAAGCAGGGAAGCAGGAUCCAGAGGCCAUCAGACCCCUGGACCUGGUGCCUGUGGACCUGGGACCCAUAGGCCUCAAACCAGAAGAACCAAGAGGGAUGAAGCUGGAUCCAUCCCCGCCAGCCCCAGGAAACCUCACUCCAGUGGUGCUGGGGCCUGAGGAGCUCUGGCCAGCUCAGCUCAGGCCAGAGGUUCUCAGACCAGAAACACCGAGGCCAGUGGACAUUGGCUCUGGAGAAUCCCGUGAUGCCUGUCCUCAGGAGAAGUUGAGGGGAAAUGCAGAUUUGGCAUACUUCCUGGAUGCGGACCCCUGUGGCCACUGCCUCAUUAUCAACAACGUGAACUUCUGCCAUGCUUCGGGGCUCAGCAUGCGUACUGGCUCCAACGUUGACUGUGAGAAGCUGCAGCACCGCUUCCGCUGGCUGCACUUUGAGGUGGAGGUCAAGUGCGACCUGACUGCCAAGAAAAUGGUCCAGGCUUUGGUGGAGCUGGCACAGCGGGACCACCGUGCUCUGGACUGCUGCGUGGUGGUCAUCCUGUCUCAUGGCUGUCAGGCCAGCCACCUCCAGUUCCCAGGAGCUGUGUAUGGCACAGAUGGAUAUGCCCUGUCCGUGGAGAGGAUUGUGAACAUCUUCAAUGGGACUGGCUGCCCUAGCCUGGGCGGGAAGCCCAAGCUCUUUUUCAUCCAAGCCUGUGGUGGGGAGCAGAAAGACCAUGGCUUUGAGGUGUCCCAAGCUUCCCCUGAAGACAGGGCCUCUGACAGUAACUCUGAGCCAGAUGCUAUCCCAUUCCAGGAAGGCCUGAGGACCUUUGACCAGCUGGAUGCCGUGUCGAGUUUGCCCACCCCAAGUGACAUCCUUGUGUCCUACUCCACCUUCCCAGGUUUUGUCUCCUGGAGGGACACCAAGAGUGGCUCCUGGUACAUCGAGACCCUGGAUGGUGUCCUUGAGCAGUGGGCACACUCUGAAGAUCUCCAGUCCCUCCUGCUCAGGGUCGCUAAUGCUGUUUCGGAGAAAGGGAUUUACAAACAGAUUCCUGGUUGUUUUAAUUUCCUCCGGAAAAAACUUUUCUUUAAAACUUCAUGAGGACAGGGCCGCUCUUCCUGCCUUAUGCACCCCAAACCUUCCUGCUCCAGGCCUGGAGGUGGCUGAGGUCCAGACUCUCCUGCACAUCGUCAAGGGCUUUGUAGUCAGUCGGGGGUCUGCUCUUUCCUUACUGGCCACAGAUGCUGUCAGCAGCUUCCAGGCUAGUGACAGAAGCUGAGCGGUGGAGGGAGAGGAGCAGAAAGCCUCUGACACCACAUGGUCUCUUCAGCUGUGGCUGGGGACUGUGUCCCGUGACACCCACAUCCUCUCUACAGCUUCUCACCCUCAGCAGUGUGGACAUGUGGGGCUAGAUCAUCGUUCGUCAUGGGGGUGUUCUGUGCAUUGUAAGGUGCUUUGUCAUUCCUGGCCCCCAUCUACCAGAUGCCAGUAGCAGCUCCCCCAAUUUGCAUCAACCAAAAAUGUCUUCAGACAUUGCCAGAUGUGACCCUGAGGGACAAAACUGCUCCCACUCGAGAACCACGGAUCUGCCAGGGUCUUUUGCUGCUGACAAACCAACAAACUUAGGUCUAGACAGUUGGGACCUGUGAAUCAUAAAUGAAGGGCUUAACUUUCCCUUUUGCAUUACUUAUUUUUAAAAAAUAAACCUUAGGCAAAUAUGGACUCUUCUUCCUAUUUCCCCUCAUUUUGCUCCAGUUCUCUGUUCUUCCUUACAAAGGAGACUUUGCUUUCCUCAAACAUUUCCCCACAUCUUACUUUGUUUGAUCCCUUCCCAUCCCAAGAAGUGACUGGGAAGUCCCAUAGGUGGGACAUGGGACCCAUGAGUUCAGAGAGGUGAAGUCUGUUGUCCAAGGAAACAGUUUUCCAGUGGGGACACCUGGCCAGAGCCUGGGGAGUUCUGAGUCUCAGCCCCUCCUUCCCAUGUGCCUUGCUUGCUGAGGGCCACCUGUCCCUGGACUGCAGGGUAACUGUGCUGUACAAUAGUUAAAUGCCACAUCUCCCCAGAGAAGUCCCUGUCCCUGAGGUCUUUGAAGCUGCCCUGACCUUGGCCUGUUUGCUUUCAGGGCCCUGGAAGUCAGGGUGGUUUGUUAAUAAGACUCUCACCAAGAUGGAUUCAUGCAAUUGUCACUUUAUUAUUGUCUUUUUUCUGCAACCUUUCCAAGGGUGACAAUGCAGAGGCUUCUUUGGUUAGUUGUUUGCAAUCACCUGCAGGAGACACACAAGAAAACAAGUUAACCUCACAGCCGGGCUGCCUUGGUCCUUCCAGGUAACACGCAGCCUGCAUGAGGUGUUCUGAUGACGUUGGGGAGAAAAGGAUGUGAUCACAGCUUGCACCGAGCUGCCAGGGGCACUGGAGUCCUUUUUGGGCUUCAGGCUGGGGGGCCUCUGAACCCCUACAAACAAUAUGGCAAAUGUGUGGAUGCAUCGGUGUGCUUUUAUUUAUUUUUUUUAGUUUUUUAUUUCUUUGGCGGCACUGGGGUUUGAACUCAGGGCCUCAUGCUUGCUAGGCAUGCUUGCUAGCACUACUAGAGCGGU